AUGGGAGAAUACUCUCUAGACUGUACGAUGGCCAUUUUAGGCUGGCUGAUGUUUGGCAAUAUGAUUCGGGACGAAGUGACAGCAAACGUUCUUAGAAUCAAGGAAUAUCCGCAGUUCCUGUCUCUUUGCAUUAUAGUGUUUAUCGCGAUCAUUCCCAUCACAAAAGUCCCUCUGAAUUGCCGGCCGCUUGUUGCAACUAUGGAGUUUCUCUGUGGCCUUGAACCACACACCGAGCUGAAUGGCGAUUACACAGAGCGAACAAUAUUUAUCCGCAAACUGCUGAGGGUGCUGAUCCGUAUAUUCGUGGUAGCGGUCAUUGUUGUCAUGGCCAUAGCCUUCCCAUCCUUCGACAGAAUCAUGGCACUGAUGGGCUCCGCAUUGUGCUUCACCAUCUGCAUCAUACUGCCGCUCGCAUUUUACCUGAAGAUAUUCGGAAAGGAGAUUAGCUGGAGGGAGCGGCUGCUCGAUUGGUCGCUUCUGGUCAUUUCUUCGGUUCUAGCGGUCAUCGGCACCGUGUGGGCAUUCUUGCCACAUGAACUGCUCAUGUCCCUGUAA